CCACUCUUUCAUAGCAAAUAUCUAUUCCUUCUUCUCUAAUCUUCUACUCUUUCAUAAUCUUUCUCUGCUCAAACAUUGUUUAUUUCCAAUGGGAAAAACUAAUAAUAGUAAGAUUCUGAUAAUUGGAGCAACUGGGUUUGUGGGGAAGUUCAUGGUGGAAGCAAGUGCUAAGGCUGGUCACCCAACCUUCGCCCUCUUUCGAGACUCCACUCUUUCUGAUCCAUCAAAAGCAUCCAUCAUCCAAACAUUUAAAAUCUUAGGUGUCAACCUGCUUUUGGGAGAUAUUCAUGACCAUCAGAGUUUGGUCGAGGCGAUGAAGAAGGUGGAUGUGGUAAUAUCUAUUGUGAGUCACAGGCAGUUACAAGAUCAAUAUAACAUCAUUUCUGCUAUUAAGGAAGCCGGAAAUAUUAAGAGGUUCUUUCCUUCGGAGUUUGGAAACGAUGUGGAUCGAGCUCAUGCUGUAAACGAAGGGCACGAGCUAUUUGACAGAAAAGUUAAAUUUCGUCGAACCAUUGAGGCUGAAGGAAUUCCUCAUACCUUUGUUGUGGCUAACUUUUUCACUGGACACUUUCUACCCACUUUGUCGGAACUUCAUUGGAUAAAAACACCACUUGAUAAGGUUGUUAUACUUGGGGAUGGAAAAACCAAAGCUGUUCUUAAUACGGAAGAAGAUGUUGCUACUUACACCAUUAGAAGUGUUGAUGAUCCAAGAACCUUGAACAAAAUUCUCUAUGUCCGACCACCGGGUAACACCUUGUCGUACAAUGAUCUGGUAUCUCUCUGGGAGAAGCAUCACAGUGAGACUCUUAAAAGAGUCUAUGUCUCGGAAGAGAAAGUUUUGAAGCAUAUUGAAGAAUCUUCAUACCCCAUCAACAUGGGUCUGUCAAUUUGCCACUCUGCAUAUGUGGAGGGAGAUCACACUAACUAUGAAAUAAAGCCUUCGUUUGGAGUUGAAGCUUCAAAGCUGUAUCCUGACGUUAAAUACACAACUUUAGACGAGUUCUUCCGGAAAAAUGAUGCUUGCACGCCAUUUUACUUGAACCAACUUAUAACCGUUAAUGAUGUAUAGAAUUUUACUUCUAGUACACUUAUCUGGAAGUGUUGAUUUUGCUUAAAGAUGCAUAAAACAGAGUUAGGAUAUCUUUUUCUCAUUGUCAAAAACUUAUUCUUCCAAAUAAAGAAACAUAGAGUUAGCGUGUGGAGAUGCUACAGAUAUUCUAGUUCUGUCACAUGUCACAUGUCUGUAAUUGUUUAUUAUUGCCUUUUUUUGGAGGCAAGGGAUUACUUCUUUUGCUCUAUAAAUAA